UACAUGACUGUCAAAGUAAUAUAAACAAAUUGCUUAUUAACUGGCCGAGAUUUCAUACCCAAAUGACUUCAAACGACAUUUCCGAAUCAACGCAGCGUUUACGCGAAAAAAUUCGUGUAUUUCAAGCGGCUGAACGUAACUCGAGACGAGAAGAUGACACGGACUCUAUGCGUUUGGGGCUUGGUGAAAUAUCCCAACUGAUUGAAGAACUCGAGAAUUUAACAGAAAAAGACGUAACGGGCUUAGCUUCCAGGAUUAAGCGCAAAAAGCAUGCCAGUUACGAUGACAUGUUCCGACUUAGCCACGCUUUCCUACAGAGUGUGGAGAACAUAGCGACCUUUGUGAAAAUUCCAGGAGCAUUGAAUGUAAUUGUGAAGGAGUUGACCGGUUCUGACGCGAAGUCCCAAGUCAUAGCCUGUGAAACACUUUGCAAUUUAUCACUUGGGGAUUCUGUGCCUUGCGAGAAAAUCGCUACUGCGGCUGGGAGCUAUCUCAUAACUCACUUGGAUAGUAGCGAGCUGAGAUUGAAGAGAACCAGCCUUUGGGUGCUAACGAAUAUCCUGGCCACGGAUGGAAAGGGGAUCAGCACGCUUUUAUCCCAGGAAAUUGCUUCAAAACUAGUUCAUUUGUAUCUUGAAUGCAAAUAUCCAGAACUCGAAGACGAUAUACUUCUGGCAAUUGAUAUUCUUCUCGAAAAAGAUGCAAAUGUGAUCGACGCGAAUGAUCAAUCAAAACUGUACGACUCCUUACGAACAAAACAACCUCACAAAGGCUUGCAUUUGAACGUUUUGUUUAUGAUACUUUUCCGUGCUAAUUCAGUCUCUCUCGAGACGGAAAACUUUGAAAGGACAUCUGAACUAGUAGAAAUUGCCAUUAACACUUUAAACGCCGCGGAACAUCUGAACUCUCAAGAUAACAUUUUGAAAGUUUUGUAUUCCAUCCGAAUCCUAGGAAACCUGUUUGCCAAAUGUCCCGACUGCUUUGUUGCUGUGGAGAAACUGUGUCCUAGUCUUUCUAGCUUAGUAAACAAGGUGCUCAGUUGGAAUAAUAAAACUAUAAACAAAGAAUUAUUAUGGUUGGUUAAGAAUACAAUAUCUUGUCAGACGGCUUUGAAUAGGCCUGGAAAUGUACUCAAGGAACUACAAGUCUCGAGACUGACAAUUUUCUAGGAUCCUAAGUAGAUGAAGAAAGUGUAACUUUACUGCUAUCUAUAAUUUCAAUGGAAGAAGUUGAUUGUGAAUAAUUUUAUAUGAAGAAAUUGGAAACAUUCGAAAUAAAUUUCAUGCUUGCAUGUGCCUAGCUAGUGUGUUUGACUAGAUUUUUGCUCUCUGAUAUCGGUGGGAAAUUUUCGAAACGUUCAAUGAAGCGAAUGAAAGAUGCCUAAUGCCUCA